GCGCUUUCCGUCAUCCUCCGCCAAUCAAAUACGCGUCAAGAUUUCCACUUCAAACUCGCACGCGAUCAAAACAAAAGGCAUUGGAUAUCGGAGAUUUUGGUGCAUCUUGGACAGAACAGACACUCGCUGGAUAUGAGUCAACUCGACCCUCUUCCCCGCGAUUUGCCUUUCCGCAUUAUAUCGAAAACCAUCGGAAGAGGGGCAUAUGCAUCAAUAAAAAAAGCUAUUCCUCCAACCGAUACCAACCCAGUUUUUGCGGUCAAAUUCAUACACAAGGCUUACGCAGUUAAGCAUGGCCGAAUUUCAGCAAAACAAAUCGCCAUGGAGGUAUCACUGCAUUCCCAUAUCGGACAACAUCCAAAUAUCAUAGAAUGGUUUGCCACGGGGGAAGAUUCCAUUUGGAAGUGGAUUGCUAUGGAAUAUGCGGAGGGAGGCGACUUGUUCGACAAAAUCGAGGCAGACGUUGGUGUUAGUGAAGAUAUUGCACAUUUCUACUUCACACAAUUAAUCAGCGGGGUAAGCUAUAUGCAUUCGAAGGGCGUCGGACAUCGAGAUAUCAAGCCGGAGAAUAUUUUGCUUUCAGACGCUGGGAAUCUGAAGAUUGCCGACUUCGGCCUGGCAACACUUUUCGAGUACAAUGGUCAGACGAAGCUCAGCACAACGAUGUGUGGCAGUCCUCCAUACAUUGCUCCCGAGGUUAUAUCUUGCACGAAGAGCACACAAUCAAGACAAACUCCGAAGCCCACCGGCUAUUCCGCAAAUCUGGUCGACAUAUGGUCAUGCGGAGUGGUUCUCUUCGUUCUACUGGUCGGCAACACACCUUGGGAUGAGCCUACAUCACAAAGCUGGGAAUUUGAGGAAUACAUGGGAAAGAAGGGACGGAGUCAAGACGAUCUCUGGAAGAAGCUACCUAGUGAUGUUUUGUCAUUGCUUCGAGGCAUGAUGAGUGUUGAUCCAGGGAAGCGGUUUAAUUUCCAGCACAUCAAGCAGCAUCCUUGGUACAGACGGAAGAAUCCUCUUCUUACAUCCGAAGGCAAGUCGGCAGACCCAUUGGCUCUGGCAACCAAGAUGCUUGAGAACCUCAGAAUCGAUUUUACUCAGCAACCUAUGGCUUCGCAAAGACCGCGCCAAAGUCAAGAUGUUAUGGAUAUUGACCCAGAUGAGCAUGCUGUGAAGUUCUCUUUCACGCAACCAGAGACACCUAUCAACGACGUUAUGUUCGAUUGGGAACGACCACCACGAGUAUUUGCAGGAGGAUUCAGUGCUAGUCAGCCGACGAAUAUCAGGGAUGGCGUGAUGACGACCAUGACCAACGGAUUGGCCGGUAAUCCAUUCGAAUCUCUCGUCGAUGAGCCAAGUAUGAGUCAAUUCGCACCAGUUCCUCGCGUACCAUUAAGCUUGACUCAACACGCUCGCCAAUUCCGAGAUAUCGUCCCCAACUACUCUCUCACUCGAUUCUUCUCCGAGCUCUCCUCACCCGCCCUUCUGCAACUCCUCAGCGACGCUCUUCAUCAGCUCAACGUCCCGACUCCACCAGUCUCCCAAACGCGAGACCGCGAACAUGCCGGCUGGAUCAAGGUCAAAACCGUAGAUGGACGACAGUGCAGUCUGAACGGAGACAUCGUGAUUGAUACUUACAUGGCCGGUGAUACUGAGCUCCUGGAGGUCCGGUUCGUGAAAGUCAAAGGCGAUCCUCUUGAAUGGCGUCGAUUCUUCAAAAAUGUGGUGGUGUUAUGUAAAGAUGGUGUUUAUGUUCCUCCUUAGCACAACGAAGGACGUUAUUACAGUUUGGCGUAUUAGAUCUUGGCGCUGGGGAAUCUGUCAAAGGUAGAGUUUUGGAUUGUACUCCUGCAGCUGUUCAAUGCCACGAGUUUGGACAAGAAGACAAUAAAGUAAUUGUGCCAUUUGAGAUCGAGGUAGUUAGGAGGUGGUGCUGAUUGGUUGCGGAGUGAAUUUCGCCCGCUUCUAACUCCGA